GUAUUUUGGUAACACUUUUGUUACAAUUUAUAUAAUCAUUACAUUUGAUAAACAAUUAUUAAAUAGUGUUUUGUUUAGCAUUUUGUAGUCAUAUAUGGUUUGAGUGAUUGUGCGAAACAAACAACACUUUUAUCAAACAUUUAUUGAUUGACUCAUUGAGUGAUCUCUUGAUGUGAAGAAUGGUAUGAAAUGAUGGAAAAAGUGGACAAUUAUUUGGUGACAAAGUGUUGUUCAUGUGAUCCGUGUGUCAAAGCCAGUGACGAUGUCUUAUCUUGUGGACAGUGACGGCGCCAAUAGUGGACUCCAUAGCAAAUCAAAGACUAAUAAAUCCAUUAUUAAUAGCAAUAAAAAGAGUAGUAAUCGGAAGAGAGUGUCAAUUGUCGAGCCCUCACGACACACACCACCGCCGCUGACCACCGGUUCCUUGGGAUCCAUCGGUUCACCACUCGAAGACAUACAAGACUUGAGUCACUCGUCGAGCGUGGGAUCCGAUUCACAAACUCUGGUAUUCCUGCCGACAAACCACUCGUCGGACGAAUCGGGCAUUGAAUCGACUGAAUCUGAUUCACUGCUGAGGACGAAGACCACCAAACGUCUCAAAAAGAACAAGAAGUCUCGCGGAAAGACAUCUAUAUUGUGUUGUUUAUGUGUAUUGACUGCGGGCUGUCUGUCAGCUAUGGUUCGGUUACUGUUCGGGAAGAAGCAGUUGAAGCCGCGGACGGUAUACGUGCGCGGAUCAGACCGUUUCAACGAGAAGUUGAGGCAAUCGUUUCCGGCGAAUAUCGUCCGAAACCAGAAAUACAAUAUUUUGACAUUUUUGCCAAUCGUUUUGUUCAAUCAGUUUAAGUUCUUUCUCAACCUAUACUUCCUUCUGAUGGCCUGUUCUCAGUUCAUAAACUCACUCAAAGUGGGCUAUCUCUACACCUAUUGGGCGCCAUUAGGCUUCGUGUUGGGCGUAACGCUGCUCCGGGAGGCCGUCGACGACAUACUGCGCUUCAAACGCGACAAAGCGGUCAACAGUCAGUUGUAUCAGAAGCUGACCCGAGACGGACCGCUCGCUGUUCACAGCUCUCGCAUCAAAGUGGGAGACCUUAUAGUGGUGUCCAAAGACCAGAGAGUGCCCGCGGAUAUGGUGUUCCUGCGCACCAGCGAGAGGAACGGCGCCUGCUUUGUGCGCACCGACCAAUUGGACGGCGAAACCGAUUGGAAACUACGGCUCGCCGUGUCCUCCACUCAGGGCCUCGAGUCGGACGACCAGUUGUUCAGUUUAGACGCUUAUGUGGACGCAGAGGAGCCCCGACGCGAUAUACACAGUUUUAACGGCAAAUUCACACUCGAUUCCGGCAAUAAAGAGAUUUCGUUGAACAUUGAGAACACAUUGUGGGCCAAUACAGUGAUAGCAUCGGGUACUGCAAUAGGUAUUGUGAUAUAUACGGGCCCAGAGACCCGGUCUAUGAUGAACAACAACGAGCCGCGCAGUAAAGUAGGACUUCUUGACUAUGAGGUCAACUCUAUCACUAAAGUGCUGUUCGCAGCCGUCGUUAUAUUAGCCUUUGCUAUGAUUUGUUUGAAAGGUUUCAAUGGCCCUCUGAGGGUUAACCUCGAGAUGGGAAGAGUUGUCUACUCUUAUAUGAUUCAACGCGAUAUGGAAAUACCGGGAACACUGGUGCGCACCACUACUAUCCCCGAAGAUUUGGGUCGAAUCGCGUAUUUAUUGACUGAUAAGACGGGAACUCUGACCAGAAAUGAGAUGGUGUUCAAGAAAAUCCAUUUGGGAAAGAUAUCCUAUAGUCCCGAUCUCAUAUGCCAGUGCCUAAUAGGAGCACAGAGAGCACCGGCAUUACCACCACCGGUGCUGAUGAAUGAGUCCGUACACGGAUGGCAUGACGGCGUUCAUGUUGAACGGAGUCCUGAGCAGACACGUGAUGAUGGCCUGGCUUACCGUCGCGGACCAGUACGGGCACAGAGCCGGACACUGCGCCCAUUUGUGUGGGUGAGGGCACUGACGAGUUUUGGUGAGACAUCGAGACAUUGGUCAUACUUCCAGCGCAGGGAUAGGGCGCGUAUAUGGGGUUAUACAGGGAUACGGCAGCUGUCACGCCACGUACGCUGUCUUUGCCGUCUAAGGUAUAGGUGCUUAGUGUGGGCGCGUGCGAGGACGGGUGGUGAUGGUGGUGGUGGUGAUGCAAAUGAGACACUGAUGCCGGUGUCGAUGAAUUGCCGCUCGGAGUCAUUCCUAUCUUAUUCCGAAGGAUUCGGCUUUUGGUUCAAAAUAUUGCAAAUGACU